UAAAGUUGUGGACUAUAGAAAGUUGGGCGCGAAAGGGGGAAAAAAAUUACCGCUACACGACACCCUAUACCCAUCACUUUCUUUUGCAAGAGAUGCGUAUCUCAUCUCCUCUUCUAACACAUGGCUGAACGAAAUACCGCGCCAGUUGUACAUGUUUCGGGAGACGAUGCGCGCGUUCCAAAAGAAAGAUGGCCGUUUUACUUACAAAAAUAUUAAUCAGUGAAACGUCUUUUAUAAAUUGCUGAGUGUAAAUUAUAAAAUAACUUGGGUGAUUGAAUAAUUUUAAACAUUAUCCAAUUAUUUAGUAGUGUUUAUAAAAGUGUAUCAACCGGAACUGUGUUAGUGUGGUGUGGUGAAAGUUUUUGUGUUAAGAAAUAAGAUAGUGCGUUGUCUUCCACAUUCAAAAUAUUCUUUUUUUGAAUAAUCAGCUGUUCCUGUGAUAAUCUAUUCCUCACAAAUGUGAUCGCGCGGGUGAUAAUUGGUGACACAAAAAGUGAUGUGACGCGCGUAAUGUUGGCACGCAUGGAUGGCCCAGUGUGACGUCACCACAGAAACAACAUGGCGGCGGGAAGAUGGCGGACUCUUGUGCUGUACGCUCUGUGUCUGCAGAUUAUACACGGUUACGAAGAAACCUACACAAUAUCGCAGCUGUCACCAAAGUCAGCAGUCAACGAGCAGCGACACCCGGAGGUGUUGCUGCAAACUAGUAAAUUAGAGAACCUAUCCUUCGACAUAGAACCUAGUGCCAAAUACGAUGACAUCGAACCUAGACCACAAGACUUGCUAUCAGACGAGGAGUCUGAAUACCAUUUAAUAGUAGAAAGAUCUGUUGAACCCAACCGAGGCAUCAGGUCAAUAAACACAGAUGAAAUACAAACAUCGAACAACAACGAAAUAGAUAAUGAACUAGAUGUACAUAAGCGGAAAUACAACGAAAUCAUUCCAACGAAAACGUUAAGUUACAUAAGAGAUGAGGAAGCAAUGAUGAUGUCAUCAGGUUUCGGUGAUAAAUUGGAGUUUAAGUUUCCGGGGGAAGGGAAGAGGGCUCCGAAGGGACGGGCACUAACGCCUCCGGGGCCCAAAAUCCGACCAUCAGUAGUGCAACCGACUUUCGCCACGGUGAACUAUAACCAGCCUCGACAAAACACUGAGAUACAAAACAUAAUCACUGGUAUAGUUAAGCUUUUAAACGGAAAUGUUAACGUACAGGCUAAUACGCAGUUACUCAAUGGAAGACCAAGGCCGAUGGCGUCCAGGAUCAAUAACCGCGGCCCUCCGCGUAUAUCUGAUGUUCCACCGAUACCGGAUUUCGAGAAGCCCAAUACACCACCACCGCAUGCAUAUCACCCCACAAAAAUUCCACCUCCAUAUCCUUUCGAUCGACCUCCCGGCGUAAAUUUGCAGGAUCAAAUUGGUCCGCCCAUGUCCCAUCGGCCAGGAUUUCACAGGCCGAUGCCUCCGUGGCAGAGACGACCGAGACCACCUCCGAAUCGUAGACCAAACCCUGGAUUACCGAUUUACAAACCAACUCUAAUACCACCACCUGAUACACAAGAUGAUAAGCAAGAUGAGUUCACGUUUAAUGAAAACGAAUCCCAUUCAGAGAACAACAUUCACCACGACGUUCACCACGAUGAUGUCCUAACGUUUAUAACCACUGAAACAACAACGGAAUACAAAAAUGUCACUGAAAAUAUAGAGAAAGAGAAUCAAGUGACAACUAUUCCUGAAUCAACAACUAGUAAAACCACUACUACCACAGAAACUAUAACAACAACGUCAACAACAACCGAAAAGACGACAGAGAAACCAAAACCAACAGAAACUACAACACAAAAAACAACAACAGAAAAACCAAAGACUGAGAAACCUAUGAAACCUGACAAAGAUAAGAAAAAAGAACAAUUCAACCCAGACAAAGAUAGAUUGAAAGAUAAACACAAAACUGAAGAAAAACCCACAGAAAAACCCACAGAAAAGCCUACAGAUAGACCUAUAGAAACGCCCAAAAAUGAAACGGUAGAUGAUAACAUGAUUCCAGUAUUAGAACCAUCGGUUGUCGAGACUCCUUCCUCUACAAUAGUGUCCAUUGCUGCUCCAACUCCGACGGAUGGGUUGAUAAGUCACGUUCCGCCCCGCAUUGAAUCUUCAACACCGCAUUUUGAUAUUAAGACGUCCUCGAUAAACACUCAGCCAUUGGCAACGUCCCAGGGCAUACCGUACCAGCCUUACCGCCCCCGGCCCGGCAUAGUGCUGGACGACACGGACUUCAAGCCGCACGGCUCGCGCCACCGACCAGUGGACGUGCCCGUCAUCACCGCCGAGCGCCCGCCCGGCUACGGGGAGAUAUUCGACGUCACCGUGUCCGCCAUACAGGGGCCGGGGGAGAAGGGGGCGCACGUGCACAUAGAGAACAUAAACCUGCACCACACGGAGCACGACAUCAUAGUGUCCCCGUCGGGGGAGCAGGGCUUCGUGUCCAUCGACGGCAAGCGCACCUACCUCAACCUCUUCGACACGCCGGCCUCCGCCAGCGUCGCGCCCACCAAGGUGCACGCUGCGCAUCAUACGCCGGCCCCCCAGUCAACGCUAGGUCCGUCCCUGGGUACGGGGGUGGCGAUCCCGGCGGACGACAUCCCCCUGCCCCCGGCGCGCCCGCCAGCCGCGCACGCGCGCCCGCACGCACAGCGCCCGCACACGUAUCGCCGGCCGCAACCCACCGUCAGAAUCGACACUUGCAUAGUGGGCGACGACUCGACGUGCGACCAGGCGCAAAACGAAAAGUGCAGGACUGAAGCAGGAAUCUCCAGCUGCCAAUGUCGUGCCGGAUACGCGCGCAGAGUACACCGCGACCCGUGCCGGAGGGUGGUCUCCCUUGUCAUGAAUGUGAGGGUAGACAAAAUUUACGACAGAAAGGUCGCAUGGGACGCCAAGCUCGCAGACAAGGACUCUGACCCGUACCAGCAGAUGAGCUACGAAGCUGUCAGAGCGAUCGACUCGGCCUUCUCGAUGACCCCAUUCUUUGACGACUUCGUGAGCAGCUCCGUCAACUCCAUCCACCGAGGAGACAAAGAACACCGAGGGGUUUACAUCAACUAUACCAUUCUGAUGCAAGAGACUCCAGAGACGCUGCGCGCUGCGGUGGGCGCGGACAUUCAGAAGCACAUGCUGGGCGUCAUCGGCCGCCGCUCCAACAACAUCGGGGAGUCGGCGCUGUGGGUGGACUCGCCCGCUGGGAGCGUGCUGCCUCUUGCUGAUCUGGAUGAAUGUUCCUCGUCGGAGUUGAAUGACUGUCACUCUUUGGCCAUCUGUACCAACACUUGGGGAGCCUUUAGAUGUUCAUGUCCUGACACAACGCUCGACGUCGCAACUGUCGCGCACAAAGCGGGUCGCGACUGUCGCGCCUGCGCCGCGUCGCACUGCAGCGAACGCGGCGUCUGUCGAUAUGCGAAUGGACAGCCUUAUUGCACCUGCUCGUCGGGCUACUACGGCUCCACGUGCGAGAUGGACGGCGAGGUGAUCGGCGUGGCGGUGGGCGCCUCGCUCGCGGCCGCGCUCGUCAUCGCGCUCACCCUGGCUGCGCUGCUGUCUUGGAGCCGCAAGUGGUCCCGCGAGCAGAAGGCGGCGGGCAUGGGGUCGCCCGUGUUCAGCUACAUGGGCGCCAACACCAUCAAGGCUCCGCCGGUCGGUCAGCCGCCCUACCAGGUGACUCUAGAGGAGAGGAUGCGCUGGGCACAGAUAGCCGAGGCCAUGGUGCAGGCCAAUCACUAUGCGCAAGCGGAGCACACGGCGACGAUGGCGACUCGUCCGUCGUCAGCCAUGUUUGGAGGCUACCCCACUCUGCCGCCCGUGCCUUUGCCCAGGAUGGGACUCCACGGCCCUCACACGGGUACCCUGAACACGGUGACGUCACGCGCUAACACUGCCGCCUCGCAUCACAACUUAUAUGGGUACACCAACCACAUGGCGAGCGAGUCCACCAGCUCCGAGGCGUCCAGCCACGUCCAGGAGCGCGCCGACCUGCUGGUGCCGCGCCCCAAGUCGCGCGCCAGGAGCAUGCAUAACCAAAACAACAUAUACUACGACGUGGACUAUGAGAACACCCCGGAGCCGAUAUACGGCAGCAAGGGCAUUCCUCUCUCUACCUACACCAUCAGUAGGGGACCGCCCUUCUAUAGACAAUAGCAUGUUUGCAUCUAAAGGAUGAAAACAUGCUAUUGUCAUGUCAUAUUGCAUAAGUUACGUGUUUACCUCGGACGGGGUUGGACAAAAUUUGGAAAGUAUAUGUUAUGAGGGAAUGGACGGGACGACAUGAUGUCUACAUAACACGAACCAUCGCUGCCCCUUCCAUGUCAUAUCCGUUCCAUAUGCAGCGACCUUAAAAGGUUCAUUAUUCAAGCCUCAAUGAACUCCAGGGUUAAAUGACUUGACUUGUUCCUUUGACCGUUGGACUAUUGUAUUGCUACUACAACAAGCUGUACUAAAAGCUGUUUGGUUAGUUGGAGGGGAAAAGGGAUUAUUGGACAUACCUACAUUUUUUUUAAUUGGUAAUUAACACCAUACUCCGACGAUUAGCCAGCGUUAUGCAGCUUACAGUUUUUUAUGUAUAUUGAAUUAAAAAACGGACCUAUUACAUCUAGUUGCAUAGUGUCAAAUAUCGUCUAAAAAAUAUGUGUAUGUAUAAAAAAUCUUUGUGUUAGAACUGAUUUAUGACGAUAUUAAAGAGGACGAGAAAAGAUGAGGGGUAUACGGGAAUUGCUUUUAUGAAUUGUAUAUUUAAACACUUUUUGAUUGAACUGCUUCUAAAUAUAGUUAUGUAUUUAUUUUUAACAUAAAAUGUACAGAAUUUACCGUAAUAUGAAUAAUCAAUUGAUGAAAGAAAAAUAGUUAUGAAUUAAUUAACGAAUUGACUGAAUUUACAUUCUUAUACAAAGAAUUUAAUUCAAUAUUAUUAAACAAACAUAAAUUUUCAUAAGACUUACAUAAAAUGUAAAUUGGACCAAUUAGAAAUUACUUCAAUAGUCUUAGUCAAACAAUAAAAAGACUUGAAAUUAGUUAUGGCGUAAAAACGGUAACGAAAAAUAAUCGAUAACGAAAACUAUUCAUCGACUUUGUAUUUGUUUUUAUUUUUAAAUAGUCAUAGGCAUAAUUUGAAGUAAGAAUAAAUUAUUCAUUUCACUAUAGUAGAUUUUAUGUAGCUUAAAAUCGGCUCACAAAAUUCUACUUUACCUACUAGCGUAGAAAGUGAUCAGAAUUCGACAAGACAAAGUUUUGAUUUGUUUACUUUUUUUUAUAUUUUCCUUGCUGUAGUGCGAUGAAUAAUUGUUUUACUCUUGGCUGUAUUUUGUUUGUAUUUUGUGCAUUUGAAUCUCUUGCUACGCUCAGGAUUCUAUUUAAGAAUCGCUUGCACAGUGUUCAUAUAUCAAGCUUUACGGAAAUAUAAAAAAUCAUUAUUACGUAUUACAAUAAACAUCAAAAAAUGUAUGUAUAUAUUGUGGUAGUUUUUUUAGGGUAUGAUUUGACUGUUUUAAAAUAACUUCAUUUAAAUGUAGUAUAUAUUUAUUUUAAAAGAAAACACAAAUCAUCACAAUAUAUUGAACGCUACUCUUCGCGUCUAGCUUUAUUAUUUGUAUAGAAUUAUUUGUAUGGUAAAAAUGUAUGAAUCAUUGUAUAAAAUUGUAUGAAUCAGUACAUCGUCAUGUGACGUUUCAGAAUUCGUUUAACAAAAUUGACAAUUUGUAUUUUGUAUGAAUUAAAAUGAAAUAAAAGAUGUAAAUAUUUUCUUAUGUUUUUAUGUAAUUAUAAGUAUUUUAAUAUUAAGAAAAAAUCGACAUAUUCUGUAUUAAUUUUAUUGCAUUUAUAUAGUUUUUUAUACGAUGUUAAAUAUUUGUAUAUUAAGAAUGAUCAAUUGAAUAUUUAUUUGGAUUGAAUAUUAUAUUAAAAUUUUAUAUAAACUGGUA